AUGCUCAACCGAGCCCUGCCUACCCCGCGAAGGGGAUGGGACUCAACUCAGUUCGCUGCAAACUGGUGGAUCAACAGACUAUACCAUAAGCUAUGGUGGGGAGUGGGUGGCCUGAUCCUCAUCUCGGGAUUCCUGGGAUUCAACGCAGGCGCCCUGGGGAGAGUGAGUGGCCAGGGUCCCGCCCUGGGGCGAGUGAUACAGAACACCGUGAUGGGCGGGAGUGGGGCAGGAGUCUCGAUGCUAUUGAUGAGUCGCCUGGGCAUGGUGGGUGAACGUGUCUGGGCCUUCGCUACCACGCUGAAUGCUGUCAUCGCCGGCAUGGUAGCAGUGUGUGGAGCAGUAGACCAGUACACCCCUCUGAUGUCCUUGGCAACGGGGGCUGGAGGAUGUCUUGUGUUCUUGGUAGUGCGGAAUCUCGUCAUGAAGUUUCAAGUGGAUGACCCGCUGGAUGCUGUAGCUGUUCAUUUUGGAGGUGGAUUCUUCGGAGUAAUUGCUGGACCUCUUUUCACUCCCAAUGGUCUCAUUUAUGGUGUCACCGAUGAAUCAAUACGACAACUGAGGAACAACGUCCUGGGUGGAGCUGCGAUAGUGACCUGGUCCGUGUUAUGUAGCAUCCUGCUGUUCGGUUCACUCCGGCUCUUGGGUCUUCUCAGGGUAUCCGAAGAGCAGGAAAUUCAAGGUCUUGAUGUAUCCAAGCACAAGGAGCCAGCUUAUCCUGUCAAGGGCUGGGUGAUUGAUUUUCCCGUACAGGUCCAGCAGAACAACGGCCUUCGAAAAAAUGGCAGCUAUACGCUCAACCGGUCCGAAGACGGGGAAUUCAUCAUGAUUGGACCUCAUGUGACUAAACUGUCAGCAGACGACGGUCCAGUCUAGACUACUGCAGUGCUCCCAACCCCUUCAUCCCUUAACUCAAUAUUGACCUGCCUUAGCUCAAAACUGAACAAUUUUUAUGUGUAGACCAUGCAGUUGAUAUCGUCUUUAACGAUUCUAUGUUUAUAUUCUACAAAACUGUCAUCAAAGAAAUAUUCAAAACACCUAUUUGUUUAUAAUUUUAAACAAAAUUAUUGGUACCUUUUUGAUCCUUAACUUAUUUCUAAUACCAUUUCCUUAUCACUCAUUAACUUGCGUGUGAUAAAUCAGAUAUUUGUAUUUUGUACUUUUGCAUAAUUAUACAGCCAUUUAGUGUAUUUUAGCUGAUUUAUAAACUGUUGGGUCCAGAUAAUAUCAAACAGCAACAGCCUAAACACUUCGAGAAAGCCCUGGUCAAUAACGACAACGUGUAUUUUGUACAAUUCUUUACUGCGUUCCAUACAAAAUAUACAAAAGCCUUAAGAAAAUAGACGAGACACUUAAAGCUAAUUGAAAAUAUCACAACACGUUGUUACUUAUACAAAGGUAGUCCAAAACAUAAGAUUUCCGCAGCUGGUAAACAAAAAAUUAAGAUGGUGAUUAUGUAAAAACAACUUUUUUACUCAUUUGAUUCCAUCUGGAACAUUUAUACUGAAAAUUAAAAUUUUACUAUUUGAUCAGUACAAUACUUUUUCCUAU